AUGGCUUCUCUAGGAGCCAAGGCGCGGUUUAUGAUCACCGCAGGUGUGGGAUUUUUUGCAGAUGGCUACCUUAACCUAACAAUUGGACUUGUGGUUCCGAUGCUAGGAUACCUCUACUUCCCAGAUGGAGUCUCUGCAGUCGACAGUGACGUGAUCAAAGGAGGUCUGAGUCUGGGUAUGGUAGUUGGCCAACUUUUGUUUGGUGUUCUCAGUGAUACCUGGGGUCGCCACAAAAUCUAUGGAAAGGAAUUACUUUUGACUAUCUUUGGAACCCUGCUGGUUGUCUUGUUGCCAUGGAAGGGUAUGACUCCACGGUCAGUAACAGCCUGGGUGACAAUAUUUCGCGUUGUGACUGGUGUAGGUAUCGGAGCAGAUUAUCCGCUAUCUUCUGCUCUGGCAGCUGAGAAGUCCCCAUUUGGCACCCGGGCCGUGCAAGUGUUAGCCAUCUUCUCGAAUAUCGGCCUGGGGAACCUUGCGGCGAGUAUUGUCUUUUUAGUCUUGCUUAAGGCUUUCCAGAACGCAAUCGCAGAUGAUAUUCAACAUCUCGAGUGGGUAUGGCGACUACUGCUAGGAAUUGGCAUCAUUCCCGCUGUCUUCACACUCUAUGCCCGGUUGACUAUCGCCGAAACGUUGCCUUACAAACAAUAUGUAUGUGAUGAAAACACAGGGCAAAAGCGCGGUUUCAACCAACAAUGGAGGGAUUUUCGAGAAUAUUUCGGUCAGUGGAGGCAUGCAAAAGCACUUUUUGCAACUGCGGCCUCCUGGUUCCUGUUUGAUAUCGCAUACUAUGGGAUCAACCUCAAUCAAAGCGUUAUUCUAACGAGAAUCGGGUAUGCAAAGGGAAAAACCCCUUGGGACACCCUUUACAACACCGCCAUUGGGAAUAUAAUCGUCCAGACUGCGGGCUAUGUGCCUGGCUUUUACGUUGGAAUUUUCCUUCCCGACCGUAUUGGUCGCGUUCGCCAGCAACUAUACACAUGCGGGGCCGUGUGUAUUCUUUAUGCUAUCUGGUCGGGAAUCAGUUCUCCUGGUGCUCACACCUCUACUGGGGGGUUAAUGGCUAUUUUUGCGAUCUCCCAGUUCGUUAUAACAAGUGGCCCCAACACCACAACAUUCCUGAUUCCUGCAGAGGUGUUCCCGACCCGUGUCCGCGGUACAGCUCACGGUAUCUCUGCCGCUGCUGGGAAGUGCGGCGCUAUUAUCACUGCCUUUGCCUUUGGGACAGUUGAAGAUGCUAUUGGUUUAUCUGGUGUACUAGGACUCUUUUCUGGAGUUAUGCUUCUUACUACCUUGGUUACAUUCUUGAUCCCAGAGACAAGAAACCAUACACUUGAGGGUAUUGAAAGGGGUGACUUAUAUGGUAAUGAUGACAAAGUUAAGGGGUCUGAUUCCUCUCCGCGCAUUUUAACUCAAGUGGAUGUUAGCACGGCGAGGCCUGGGUCUAUAGACAAGAUAAUUUAG